AUGCAAGAACUCAAAAGAUUAAUUAUUUAUCUAUCAGGAAAUGAUCAAUUUUCUGUAGAUAAUUAUAUUUAUAUCGAUGAUAAAAUUGAAGGUAUACUAACUGAUAAAGAAAUAUUAGAAAUGAUAACAAAUAAAAAGGAUGAAUGUAAUAAAAAAGAUGAAUUUGUUGAUGAAAUAAUAA